GAGUCUGUCACUCCCUUGUCAGACUCUUACUGACCAGUAAUUCGAUGAUUAUCCCCCCUUAAAAAAAAGGGUCUUUGCCAUAAUUGUAUUAAAUGGUAAAAUCAGCUCCUGUGCAGGUAGACGCCUUGCCGGGCCGUGAAUCGUGACUCAGUUUGGCUAAAUAUUCUAAGCUCAGUUCAAUUAGAAUACUUUCCAACCAACCUUUUUGAAUGAUUUACCUAAUUCAGUCAGGCCUAAACCUAAAAAAAUUAAUAUGUCAUAAAAAUCCUCAGUGACAUGUGACAUUGUACAUAUCGACUUAUUUUCUCGCUACUAUUUUUGUAUUGUGUACAUUUGAAGAUUUUAGUUAAUUAGUUCCUUUGUUAUUUUCGUUUGUAAGCUUUUUAAUAAAAGAAAUAAGCAAUGGCUUCUUCUACCCGCAAUCGAGAUAAGAAAGAACUGGACCCUGAGGAGAUUAUGAGACGCAAGUUUCGUGCCAAAUGUCGUUUUCGAGCUAUAGCGCGUAUGGUGUUGGCAAAUUGCUAUUGGAUGAUAGAAGCUGCUGAGCAGUACGAAGGAGUUGAAGACGUAAAGAGAAGAGUCGCGCAGGCUGUGCGUGGAAAGGCCAAGAAGAAGCAACUCUUGACUAUCAAUGACAAAGCGCUUCUGAACAAGCCUAACAGUGAAAGAACUGAUCAUGAAAAGAAAUAUAUUUAUCGCAUCAUUGGAGGACUCAAAUGUUUCAAAAGGUAUCCUAACCAUGUAAAAAAGAAGUUGGCGGCGGUUACGUACUUCAAGUACUAUAGUCCCAAUCGUGUGAUAGUUCGACAACAUCACGAAGCACACGCGUUGUACUUCAUAGUUACUGGUGACGUCAUCGUCAGCCAGUUGAUCUUUGAUGAGCUGCUGCAGCAACAUGUUCAAGUGGACAUUGGUAUCAUGCAUCCGGGAGACAUGUUUGGCGAAGUUUCCCUUCUACAUAAUAUUCCAAGGACUGCAACCUGCACAACUGGUGGUCACUGCGAAUUACUGGCAUUAAUGAAAGAAGACUUCAAGAAUGUACUCCAAGCUUCGGUUCAGAAGCAGUGGGAUGAAGUGCGACGCGCUAUGUCUGCUUUCACAUACUUUGAUGCGCUUGACGAGGUAGCUCGACGCGAAGGAUGUAUUGUGGCUAAAAUGAAAUCGUACAAUAUAAACGAAAUAAUACUGGGGGAUGGGUGCGGAAUUCCUAAUUUUGUAUAUUUUAUUUUAUCUGGAGAAUGUCAAAUGAUAGAGACUCUUCAAGUGUGUGCCACACAUCGAUGCGGACACACUUCUUACACGCUAUACGAUCCCUAUGUGCCAAAAGAAGAAAGCGAACAGGAUAUUGACGCGAAAUAUUUUAAUGCUUACAAAGAAAAAGCUGCUAAAGAAAUGCAACAGCUGUCUCAGGAUCUACCAGAAAUGUCACGGUCAGGGUCAAAACGUUUAGAAAGUAUUAUGAGAUUUUCUGACACUAAGAGAUCAGGUUCUAUACUUAAAAAAGAAAGUGUAAUACCGGAGGAGAUGUUGUCUAGCGAAGAUCAAGUGACUUCGUCAGAGGUGGCAGCACGAUCUGGAUCUGUAGAUGCUACGUCAGCAAUGCAGUCUACAUCUGAAAUGGAAGCCGAUUCGGGGUUACCUGGAGAACAGCGGUCCUCUCUAAAAUCUGAAGUGCUGUUGCCACCUUCGGAGAAUCGAGACUCAGUGAGGUUUAGCGUGCAACAUCCAGUGAGACCACCAAAUCUUCGGACUUACUUCAUGCAGGUGUGUCGAUAUCAUCCUGGAUCAACGUUUGGGUUUGGUGAAAAUAUGAGGGACCGCCGUAUUAUUGCAUUAACCCCCGUCGACUGUAUGUUAAUGCCGAAAAUGUGGCUCUUACAACGGAACACUGCUAAUAUCUGGUCACGUAUUGAACACUUUUUGGAUAAAAAGAUACCAUCAAAGCGGCAAUUGUUCCAAGAAUUUGUCUCUGCACGUCGCUGGCUGGAGUUUCGCGAUCAGCUCGUGGGUGACAUUGUGGCGCGCUCUAGAACCGUCAAUUGGACAUCCGUUCAUGAUGUACCCUACUCCAUUCGUAUGGAAGAGAUGCUUGAUAUUUGAAUUACGUAUUUUGUUAACCUCCAUACAAGUAUUAAUAAAGGAUAUGACAUAAGUUUCUUUUUUAUUCAUUUCCUAGACUGUCCAUAAAAACGAAACUAUCACAUUUUAGAGUUCAGAACACGUUUCUUAUUUCUAAUAAGAAACUUUGAGAUAAUUUGCUUAGGAACUAGAAAGAGAAGAAAGAGUUACAUUAUGUUUCCGACCUUUAAAUUUCCGAAGUAGUGACAAAUUUUGGCGUCGCGCCUUCUACCAUUUUACGAUCAUGCGAUAAAAACUAAGAAGGCUUUAUGUUUUUUAUUGUAGGUACUUAAGCGCCCAUUUGGAUCAUGGGGGCGGAGGCCCGUGGAUUUACAUAUGACGUAUCUAUGUCCUUAAAUGUAACUAGGUACCGAUAUUGCGGUUCGAUGACUGGGCUUCUUUUAGAUCUUGCCUUAUUAGUAAAAUGUUUUGUGUAGGUCAAUAUUCAACUUUAAGAUAAACGAGAAAGAGUGCUUUUGAUUUGAACAUUAGAUAACUAUUAUAUUGAAAGUGGUCUUCCGAAAUCCCUUAGUACGAUCUCGAAUGUUCUCGAUUUGUGGUGUAUCGAAAACUCAUUCAAGCAUUCAAGGCCUGUUUAUUUGUAUGUGACUAUGUGACAAAGUUAACAUGACUUUGUGUAUCGUUCGAUUUUGCGGAAGCUAUUUUUUACUGGUCUAGUUUCUGGCGUUUGUUAAAUACGUACCUGUAACGCUCAGAUAUAUCUGUAUUAUUAAGAAAACGGGUCGAUUUAAUUGUAACUUUGGGUUAAAUAUGGUUAACUUGCCAGUUGAAGAGUUUGGACAAUUCGACAGUUAGUUGUUAAAA